AUGAGUAAUGAUGUCGCCGCACAAUUAUUGGUAAUUAGAGCGAGUCCACUUCGUCACACCAGCGAGUCCACUUCGGCGAGUCCACUUCGUCACACCAGCGUCACACCAGCGAGUCCACUUCGUCACACCCCACUCAGCGAGUCCAGGCGCCACACCAGCGAGUCCACUCGUCGUCACUUCGUCAGCGAGUCCACUUCGUCACACCAGAGUCCACUCACACCAGCGAGUCCACUUCGUAGUCCACUCGUCCCAGUCAGCGAGUCCACUUCGUCACACCAGCGAGUCCACUUCGUCACCAGCGAGUCCACCGCAGUGAGUCCACUACGCCACACCCGAGUCCACUUCGCAGCAGUCCACUUCGUCACACAGCGAGUCCACUUCGUCACACCAGCGAGUUCGUCCACCAGCGAGUCCACUUCGUCACACAGCGAGUCCACUUCGUCACACCAUGAGUCCACUACGCCACACCAGCGAGUCCACUUCGUCACAUCAGCGAGUCCACUUCGUCACACCAGCGAGUCCACUUCGUCACACCAGCGAGUCCACUUCGUCACAUCAGCGAGUCCACUUCGUCACACCAGUGAGUCCACUACGCCACACCAGCGAGUCCACUUCGUCACACCAGCGAGUCCACUUCGUCACAUCAGCGAGUCCACUUCGUCAACACCAGCGAGUCCACUUCGUCACACCAGCUCCACUCGUCACAUCAGCGAGUCCACUUCGUCACACCACGAGUCCUUCGUCACAUCAGCGAGUCCACUUCGUCACACCAGUGAGUCCACUACGCCACACCAGCGAGUCCACUUCGUCACACCAGCGAGUCCACUUCGUCACAUCAGCGAGUCCACUUCGUCACAUCAGCGAGUCCACUUCGUCACACCAGCGAGUCCACUUCGUCACACCAGCGAGUCCACUUCGUCACAUCAGCGAGUCCACUUCGUCACACCAGUGAGUCCACUACGCCACACCAGCGAGUCCACUUCGUCACACCAGCGAGUCGUCACAUCAGCGAGUCACUUCGUCACACCAGUGAGUCCACUCAGCGAGUCCACUUCGUCACACCAGCGAGUCCACUUCGUCACAUCAGCGAGUCCACUUCGUCACACCAGCGAGUCCACUUCGUUCAGCGAGUCCACUUCGUCACACCAAGUCCACUUUCGUCACACCAGCGAGUCCACUUCGUCACACAAAUGA